CUACCUCUUUUUCUUACAUCAUGUCCUCAAUUAUGCUCUUUCCCUGUCCUUGUUUUGAAUCCCACUUCAUUUGACUUCCUUCUGAAAACUUUUCUUUCAUCUUCAUAUCUUCCUACUCAUUAAUAAUCCUUUUUCUCAUCCCCUCCAUUUUGUUGCACUCUUUUAUCUGUUUCCUACUCUUGUUCUUGUCAUCCACCUCCAUUUUAUCCUCACUAAUUCUGUCCCUUUUUCCUUUUCCAAUGUCAUGUCUCCAAAUCCUCAUUGUACUCACCACCACACUCACUGUCACCAAACCCUCCACCGUCCUCGUCAUCAUUUCCACCAUCAUCAUCGCCACCCCUCUCCCUCACCCUCUCCUCCUCCCUCUCUCUCUCCCUCUCUCUCUCUCUAUGCCACUGCAGCAUGUGAGCUAAUGAACCAGGGCAUCCUGGCGCUGGUGUCGUCCACCGGCUGUGCGUCAGCCAAUGCCCUGCAGUCGCUGACGGACGCCAUGCACAUCCCCCACCUGUUCGUCCAGCGGAACGGAGACGGCACCCCGCGCACGGCCUGCCCGCUCAACCCCAGCCCCGACGGCGAGAGGUACACGCUGGCCGCCAGGCCGCCCGUGCGCCUCAACGACGUCAUGCUGGCACUCGUCGCCGAGCUCCACUGGCACAAGUUCAUCGUCUUCUACGACAGCGAGUAUGAUAUCCGUGGACUGCAGACCUUUCUGGACCAGGCGUCUCGUCAGGGCCUGGACGUGUCCCUCCAGAUGGUGGACCGUAACGUCAGUAAGGUGUUCUCCACUCUCUUCAGCACCAUGAGGAUGGAGGAGCUCAACCGCUACAGGGACACGCUGCGCCGGGCCAUCCUCCUGCUCAGCCCCCAGGCUGCUCAGAGCUUCAUCAACCAAGCGGUUGAAACCAAUUUGGCCUCCAAGGACAGUCACUGGGUGUAUGCCAACGAGGAGGUGAGCGACGCGGAGAUGAUGGAGCUGGUCCACAGCGCCCUGGGCAGGAUGACCAUCAUCCGCCAGGUCUUCCCCCUCUUACGGGACACCAACAUCCGCUGCAUGCGCAACAACCACCGCAUCUCCUCCCUGCCCUGCGACCCCCAGGAGGGCUACCUACAGUCCUUGGAGGUGUCCAACCUGUACCUGUAUGACAGCGUGCUGAUGCUGGCCAACGCCUUCUACAGGAAGCUGGAGGACCGUAAGUGGCACAGCAUGGCCAGUCUCAACUGCAUGAGGAAGUCCACCAAGCCCUGGAACGGAGGCUGGUCCAUGCUGGACACCAUACAGAAGGGACGCAUCACGGGCCUCACGGGAACGAUGGAUUUCCGCAGCAACGGCGCCAACUCCCACGUGCAGUUUGAGAUUUUGGGAACGAGCUACAGCGAGACCUUUGGGAAAGACGUCAAACGGUUGGCUACCUGGGACUCCAGCCGUGGGUUGAACGGAAGCCUGAAAGAGAACCGGGUGGAGAGUAGCAUGCAUGGCGUCACGCUGAAAGUGGUCACUCUCCUGGAGGAACCAUUCGUGAUGGUGGCGGAGAAUAUUCUAGGCCAAACCAAACGUUACAAAGGCUUUUCCAUCGAUGUGCUGGAUGCACUCUCCAGGAUCUUAGGCUUUAAGUAUGACAUCUAUCAGGUAGAAGACGGCAAAUAUGGCUCCGUGCUCCCCAACGGCUCCUGGAAUGGCAUGAUUGGAGAACUCAUUGGAAAGAAAGCGGACGCGGCCAUCUCCGCCAUCACCAUCACGCCGGAGCGCGAGAGCGUGAUUGACUUUAGCAAGCGAUACCUGGACUACUCCGUGGGCAUCCUAAUGAGGAAGUCGCAGGAAAACAUCAACAUCUUCUCGCUCCUGGCGCCCUUCGACCUGGCGGUGUGGGCCUGCAUUGCCGCCGCCAUCCCCGUGGUCGGGGUCAUGAUCUUCCUGCUGCGUCGCAUCCAGUCGGUCCGCUCUCAGACCCUCCCCGGACCCCACGCGCCUCCGUCGGCCACCACCUCGCUUCAGAGCGCCGUCUGGAUCGUCUACGGAGCCUUCAUGCAGCAAGGUGGAGACUCCAUCAUGAGCUCGGUGGCCUUGAGGAUUGUGAUGGGGAGCUGGUGGCUCUUCACACUCAUCGUCUGCUCGUCCUACACCGCCAACCUGGCUGCUUACCUCACCGUCUCACGCAUGGACAACGCCGUGAGGACUUUCCAGGACCUGUCCAAGCAGAUGGACGUGUCCUACGGCACAGUGAGGGACUCUGCGGUGUUCGAAUACUUCCGGGUCAAGGGCACCAACCCACUGGAGCAGGACAGCACCUUCUCUGAACUCUGGAGGACUAUCAACAAGAACCAGGGACAGGACAACUCAGUGGCGGGUCCCGCUGAAGGCAUCCUGAGGGCUAAGGCCGAGCCCUACGCCUUCCUGUGGGAUAUGGCGGUGGUGGAGUAUGCCGCCCUAACAGACAACGACUGCGGUUUCACCGUGAGGGGAAACACCAUUUCUAGCAAAGGCUAUGGCUUGGCUCUGCAACACGGCAGUCCUUACAGAGAUCUCUUCUCACAGAAGAUCCUGGAGCUGCAGGAGAAAGGAGAGCUGGACAUCCUGAAGCAGAAGUGGUGGCCCCAGAAGGGUCGCUGCGACCUGGACAGCCAGUCGGACGCGCAGCCGGAGGGGCGCGCCCUGAGACUGCACAGCUUCGCGGGGGUCUUCUGCAUCCUGGCGGCGGGGCUGCUGCUGGCCUGUCUGGUGGCCGCCCUGGAGACCUGGUGGAACAGCCAGCGGUGCCACCGGGCUCAGCCCAAAGAGGUAACUAAGGAUUACCAAAUGGACGUGGUGUCUGGUCCAUUGACAUAUAAUGAUAUUACAAGUGCUACAUCGGAAGGGCGGAGGGACAUUUGGACAGAGAGAGAGAGAGGCUGGGAGGAAGCUGAGGCUAUUGACACAGGACAAGGAGAUGAACCUGGAGCAGGUGCACCAUCGUUUAAGCAGCCUCAUGGAAGAGGACCUGGCUCACAAGCAGCUCCCGGGCCAGUCUAUGGAGAUCUCUGCCCUGGACAUCGGCAGCGGGCCGCCCAGUCAGAGCCCCCUGGAGGUUGUGCGGGACUACCCGGGACGGGGACUGUCUGUGAGCACCUUCCUCCAAGAGGGACCUGGGGCCGGCAGGGUGCCUGGCCGGACGGUCCCUCUCCCCCUCAGCAGCUCCACUCUCCCCCCGUCCAUCCGCUGCAAGCACAGGGCGCCCAACGGCGGGCUGUUCCGCCAGAGCCCCGUCAAGACCCCCAUGCCCUUGCCCUACCAGUCAGUGCCCAGAGGACCCAUUCCACAAGCCAUUGAGCCCAGUCAUGGCACCUCCAUCUGAGCCACGGGCCACCAAAACGGACACUCAGAAACUCUUUCACCCUUUGGCUUAUCAGAGACUCUGAAAAAAGAAACAUGCUCGGUUGAGGUUGGUGGAGAUGGCUGAAGGUUUUCUCAACAACAACAACAACAACAACAAAAAAAAAGAUCAAGUUAAAGAUAUAAAAAGAAGAAGAAGAAGAUAUCAGAAUUUUUUUUGAAUCACUGUUUCAACUAUAGAACUGAGGAAAGAGAUUUUACCUGUAUAUAUGUACAUAAUGAGAGACUGGGGUGAGUAAAAGUGUAUUUUGAAUAUUCUUAAUUUUUUGGAAGUUAAGUUUAAAAAAAAUAUAUUAAAAUAUAUGAAAAAGACUGUUUGAAUGGCUUUGUAAAUUUGGUUCUUUAUUCAAAUAAAUCUAAAUUCCUUGUGGUGGUUUUCUAAGUGCCAAAUUAAAUUCUUUCUUUGUUUGAAGUCAAAGUCAACUGAAUGUACCCUUAAAACACUUUAUACACUUACACAAAGUUGAUGCAUUAUUUGGUCUGUUUCUUUUCAAAUAAAAAAUAAAUAAUUAAA